ACCGGAGGACCUGCCGAUGGAAGAGGUGGUGCCAACUGCGGAGGAUGAACCGGCAGAAGAGGGCCCGGUGGAGCCGGCGCAGGCACCGGAAGAGGAGGCGCCGACAGACGAGAUGCCAGAGGCGGCACAAGAGACGCCGGCAGAGGAAGCGACGGCAGCGGAGGCACCGGCAGAGGAGGGGCCAACAGAGGAAACGUCGGAAGCAGAGGUGCCACCGGGGGCCGAGGGCGAGGCAGCGGCAGAGGAGGAAUCACCGGGGGAGGCCACGGCAACAGACGAGGCACCGGCGGAGGAGACGCCAGCUGGUGAGGCAGCGGCGGAGGAAGAGGCAGAGGGGGAAAUGCCGGGAGAGGAGGUGCCUGGCAGAAGGGCCGGUGGAGGAGACUCCAGUGGGAGAUGAGGCAACGGCGGAGGAAACACCGGCAGAUGAGUUGCCGGCAGAGGAGACGCCGGCACCAGGAGAGGAACCAGCGGCAGAGGAAGGGCCAACACAGGAGGAACCAGCAGGAGAGGUGUCAACAGAGGAGGUGGCAGCGGCAGAGGUGGACCAACCGCCGGUGCCCGCAGAGGAAGGGCUGGCACAGGAGGAAACACCAGAAGCGACGGUAGAGGCGGCUCCGGUAGAAGAGGAGCCGACGCCAGAGGAAAUACCUUCAGUGGGAGCGCCGGCGGAGGAAGCGAGGCCGCAAGAGGCGGCGGAGGGCGAUGCGCCCCCGAUGCCGCCCGCAGCCAGUGCCACCACGGCGGACGAGGACAUCGCCAAGGUGUCCGAGGCCCUGCGGCAGAUUUAUGCCACCCUGGCGGAGAUGGUGACGGGCCCCAUCGACUUCACCCAAUUCAAGGCCAUCCUGGCGUCCCUGCGGUACGAGGUGGCGGAGAGCGAACUGCAGCUGUCGUUCGCCAGCCUGGACCUGGACAAGGAUGGGGUGGUGGGCGCCGAGGACUUUGUGGGCACCAUGACCAACGAGCGGCUCUUUGCCCGCUUUAUCAUGGCGUUGCCAGACACCUGCGCCGACAACGCCCACCAGAAGGGGUUCCUGGACGACCGUAUCUUCUUCGAGAUUCUGACGGUGCUGCUGAGGGCCCAGACCCUCUCCGAGGCCACCAUGAUCACCCUGGUGGAGUACUACUACCGCAAGAAGAAAGGGGCCAGGCUGAAGUCCACGAAGGUGGAGAGUGAAGCUUUGAAGGACCGCACCUUCAUGGGCGUCUCGGUCUACAGCCUCAUCCAGUACCUAGACGUCUUGGAGCCCGAUGAUGACUACAAGGAGAAUGCGUUGACUCCAGUCCAAGAGGAAGCCUUCAACGAGGUCUUCCAGCUCUUCCAGAAGGCUGGCGAAGAUGGCAAUGCCAUCAUCGAACCGGCGGGCAUCUUGGAGAUGAUGCGCCGCAUGUCCAUGCAGGUGAGGAACCCGUUCAUCCCAGAUGAGGAGAAGCUGCUGACGGUGAACCGGGGCAAGGGGGUGACGCUGGGGGACUUCCUGAGGAUCCUGAGCAACACUAGCACCUUCGCCAGCUUCCUCAAGCCCAUCGCCUCGCCGGCCUGCGGGCUCCCCCUGCCCCCCGAGCUGAUGGCCUUCGGCCUGCUGCUCGACAACCUGGAGGCGGUGGCCGUCCAGCCCGAGACCCGCCAGGCCCUGGUGGACUUUUACCGCGGCAGGUUUGGCAAGGUGAAGGGCAAGCUGCCGUCCCACGCCCGCGUCCCACAGCAGCAGCCCGCCAGCCUGACCAAAAAGGGCGCCAAACAGCAGAAAAUGGCCGCCAGGGGAGCGGGCGGCGAGGGGGUCAGGAGGGCGAAGGCUGGGGAGGGGGGCCCGGUCAGAACCCGGCCCAGGACGGUGGAGGAGAGCCGGGGGGGCAGGCAGCAGCCUCCUCCCCUCCCCGGAGCGGACGGCCGCAGGCAGUCGUCCAGGAGGGGCACGCCUCAGGUGCGGGGGAGGGCGGCGGCCACCAGAGAGAAGAUGCCGGUCACGGCGGACGGAGGAACGGCCAACCGCCAGAGCAUCCUGCAGAAUGUCCGUACCUAUCGGCAGCAGUGCGCCAGCUGGGUGGUGCAGCCCGACUCCCAGGCCCCGAGGCCCCUGAGGAAGAAGGCCAAGUGAGCGGCCAUUCCGGCGACCUCGCUCCGUCCUGUCCGCCCGCCGCUGCCGUCCUCCCUGCUUAAUAAAACGCCUGCUG